CAGAACUAGUUCCUGUCACCCGUAAACUUGGCGAUUGUAGGUCGUCAUUCCUCACUCCUCACUCAAGUCAUUAAUGUGUUGAGUCUGUGAUUCUGUACAGUGUAAAUAAUUGUGCCUUCAGCACUGAUCCCUGUGACACUCACUUCCUCUGGUUACACGCUUUCAACCUCCCACCCUCCCCCAGGCAGCGGGAACGUUCCACUGAUGGAAUGUUUCAUUGUUUGGAAUCUUUGCCCUGGUUCCGAGUCUGCGCACUCCGUGCUCCUGGUUAGGGCGGCCUGAGUCCCGGAUAGUGACCGACCCGGAGUCAGUGAGUCAGUCAGCGACGACGGCGGCGGCGGCCGAAGUGGGGUGGGGAGGGGGCACCGUACUAAACAAUCUGACCAGCGGAGACAAGGGGCCAAGUCGGCGGCGCCAGGCCUCGCGCGAUUGGACGGCGAGCGGUCACGUGCCGGCGACCAGGGGCCGGUGCCCGGAUUUUCCUCCCCCCCUCCCCCUGCCCGCUGCGCCGGCCGCCAUUUUGUAGCUGAGGAGGAGCAGUAUCAUCAUUAUCAUCGGCGGCGCCCGGUCUUUGGCGGCAGGAGCAGCACGAGUGGGAGCUGGGGGAGGGGGAAGGGAGCAACAAACAAAACGAAACACAAAAAAUAACGAGAAAGCAGUCGUCUCGAUCGCCCCUCCCCCUCUCUUAUCCCCACCCUCUUUUUUACCCCCCACCCUCCCCCGUUUCCUACACCUCCCUCUAGCCUGCCCUCGGACAAAAACCCCGCCGGAGGAGAGGAACCGAUGGACUCUCAGUACAAUUACAACCCGCCGUCCGCCGGUCUCAUGGAGCAGAGCGCGGCGGCGUCUGAGGAGUUCCCUGAAGGAGCCAAAAUAAACGCCAGCAAGAACGAGGACGAUGAAGGAAAAAUGUUCAUUGGGGGUCUUAGCUGGGAUACAAGCAAGAAGGAUUUGACAGAUUACUUGUCCAGGUUCGGUGAAGUAGUGGACUGUACCAUAAAGAUGGAUGCGGUGACGGGGCGGUCAAGAGGAUUUGGUUUUGUACUAUUCAGAGAACCUGCAAGCGUGGACAGGGUCUUGGAACUGAAGGAACACAAGCUGGACGGACGGCUCAUUGACCCUAAAAGAGCAAAGGCAAUAAAAGGCAAAGAACCAGCUAAGAAAGUUUUUGUUGGAGGCCUAAGUCCUGAUGUACCAGAAGAAAUGGUAAAGGACUACUUUGGAGCAUAUGGAGAAAUUGAAGGCAUUGAACUUCCCAUUGACAACAAGACAAAUGAACGGAGAGGUUUCUGCUUCAUCACGUUUAAGGAGGAAGAACCAGUAAAAAGACUGUUAGAAAACAAGUACCACAACAUAGGAUCUAGCAAGUGUGAAAUUAAAGUGGCACAACCUAAGGAAGUCUACAGGCAACAGCAGCAACGAGGAGGCAGAGGUGGAGGUGGGUUUGGUGGAAGAGGUCGUGGUAGAGGGGGACAAAAUCAGAAUUGGAACCAGGGAUACAACAGCUACUGGAGUCAAGGUUAUAGUAGUUACAACAAUGGCUAUAGCAAUCCAGGUUACAAUGGAUAUGGAGGUUAUGAUUACUCUGGGUAUAACUACAACAACUACGGAUAUGCUCCAGAAUAUGAUACCUACAAUAGUGGAGAAACGGAGGUAUAAACAUCAGUGUAGCAGAACAGCAUGUCAAGAGGAAAUAUUAAAUCUGAAAGCAUCUUUGUUUCCCUUUUGGGACUUUUUUGUACCACAUCAACUCUGAAACCAACAUAUUUUGUGUCCCAAAUGUAUAUAGCAUAUAAACAUCUUUUAUGUUGUAGUUACUUUGCUUUGUACAACUUGAAGUGCAUUCCUUGUGUACUGUGAUAGUCUAUAAUAAAGUUGCUACUAACUGGUGAUGCAACACUUAUUUGUUGGUGUGCCCUGUUGUAUGUGAUGCAUAGCAUCUGCUGAAAUAAAACUGAGUAUGAAUACUCAAAUGUUAA